UUGAUUUCAAUUAUUGACAUGGUUAGCCGUAAGCAUAAUAGACCUCAGAACUAAAACCAGGUGUGCUAAGCGCAUAAUCGCGGUCGAACACUGCAGAUUCAGGCGACAAUAUGGGCCCCACUCACAUGUUAGCAGAUACGUGAACUAGAAGCCAUGCAGAGAAUGCAAUUUAGAGGAAUCGGGGCCCCAUUUUCACUUCUGCUUUUCACUGUUAUUCUAUGUAUUUUGGGGCACUGUAAAGUCUACUAUCUCUUUAUAAUGGCACUGGCUUGGUGCAAAUUGUCUAAAACAAGAAAAAGAAAAGUUUUCUUGAUGAAAGUUAGAAAUUCUUGGCGACAUAGUUCAAGGUGUAAGGUAGUGAUGAAGCUUUGAGUGACCUUCUCUUGACAUUGCAACCCUUCCAACCACUGUACGAAUGUCCAGAUUUUGACGAUCAGCUGUUAGUAUAAUUCCGGCUAUUUUGUCUUUCCACAAGUUGAACAAGGAGUAUAUACACAUCACGGCUUGUUGGUCAUAGGGUGUUUGGGAGUGACUUACAGCACUAAACGUUAACACUGGCGGCCACGAAUCGAUAAGUAAGACGAUCCGAGGCCAGCAGCAGCCCGACGUGAAAAGUUUCAAGGAAAGAUAACUCAUGAACAGCUUUCAUUCAGGUCGUUUGUUGGUGAUAAUACCGACGCUCUCAGCAGAUGUACCCGCUGAGACAGCUGCAAGGCACGGCCGGCGGCUAUAACAAAUCCUGACAUAGUCCUACCAUUUGAGUCUGCAGGGUCUACAGAGAUAACUGGUAUCUACAACCUUUGACCUAAGUGACCUUGAGGGAGAUUACCGAAAACAGCUACACCAUUCCGAGUGGGAGGAUUGUUACGGAACAUCACCAGAAUAUGGAGGAGACAGAGGAGACUAAGACAAAAACAACGUCAAAAACGACGACGAUAACGGCAACGACGUCGACUGAACCGAGUCGGAGGAGCAAAGUCAUCCAGACCGUGUUCGUCUCUGCAAUUUACUUCAUUUUCGGUGUAAUCCGGGGACAAGAAGGGGUUGUCUUUCUGGAUUUGGUCCUCAUCACCAACUCUGACAUCAACACUGGUUCCCUACUCUUCACCAUCAGCGCCGUAGGUUACAUGAUCGGAGUCCUUAUCAUCGGGGUGUUGUUCGACAAGUUCAACAACGACAUACUGUAUUGCACAUGCGUGUUUUUGUUAGGUCUGACGGUACUGCUCAUCCCAUGGUGUACAUCUCUACCACUCAUGGUCGCGGUUUUCGGACUCAGAAGUUUUUUUAUGGGACCAGCUGACUCAGGCAGCUCAGUAAUUUGCGCCAAGACAUGGCUUCUGCAGGCCGGACCAUUUUUACAGACCCUCCAGUUCCUGUUUGCCACAGGAGGAAUUAUCUCCCCAUUUGUAACCGAGCCAUUCCUAGCCGGAAGUGUGAACCGUAAUUCCACCAGCGAAUUGUCGCAUGAAUUUUCAAAUUUUUCCGUGAAGUUGAAGGCUUGGACACCCAGCACUGAAAAUCUGACAAAGUAUUCCGAGAACAACCCAACCUCAUAUCUCGCCAAUGAGACAUUUACUGUCACAACACACGUUACUGAAACCAACAAUGGAACGCUUUCUUAUUUCUUACCAGAUAGUUUUGAGGAAUCCAAAACAUCCCAAGUUUACAUCGCAUUCGCCAUAUCCGGUGGGCUCCUGCUGAUGUUUUGUCUCGCAUUUGCUGCCAAAAUCGCUGUCUACAGUUCAGGGGAAUUUGACCGAUUUGAAAAUAAAGGCCAUGCCUCCGGAGCCAACCAGCUGCCCAACCUGCUGGCAAUGUUCCCUCUCCUGCCAAAACUUUUCUGUUACGUUCUUCUGGCUGUACAUUUUUUCUCACAAGGCUGCGUGGAGAAGAUUCUGAUGAGUUUCCUGAUGACAUUUGUCGUGGAAUACCUGGGCUGGAGUAAGACUCAGGGCUCUCUCGCCGUCACCGUCUUCUGGUCAGGCUUUGCCCUGGGUCGAUUCCUCGGUAUUAUCCUCAUAAAAGUCCUUAAACCCAGAACUCUGCUCUUUGUUGACCUGUUUGGACUUCUGAUCACGUUUACUGCUAUGUCACUGGUCGAUUUCCUGUCACUUCCUGGUGCCGCCUUUUGGUGGGUCCUCAUCGGAACGUCCGGUUUGUGCCUUGCUUCAGUGUUUGCCACGAACGUCUCAUGGCUGCAAGCCAACUUGACACCCGUCACCGGAAAACUCCUAUCGUUCAUAUAUAUAAGUUUAUUCGUAGGCACAAUGAGCCACAUGGCCCUGCUGGGCUAUCUGUUUACAGAGCUAUCUCCCCUGUGGUUUGUUUAUUUGCUGAUUCUCCACACUGUGAUACAACUGACAGCCAUGACAACACUAAGUGUUGUUAUACGACGAUUCCGGCGUUUAUACACAUCAACGAGAAAUCUUUUCCCUUCUUCAAAAAGCUUGACCAUUGCACAUGGUUCUUCAUUGAAAAAUACAGAGGCCCGUGAUGGAGAUUUACUAGAUCAAGCUGUUCUAAUGAUAAAGUAGUCUUUAUGCCCUUUGGUUUUCACGUUUCCUGACCGCUGUUGUAUAAGUGAAAAAUUCCUUAGUUCGACGAAAACCAGCAAUCAAAUAAAUAAAUCAGUAAAUAAAUAAGUAACCUGCUGUGUCAAAUAUGUUACACAUCUCACCACAAACUAUUACUAUAGUUUUUCUUUCUUUUUUUCAUUUUGCUUUUAUGUUUUAUUCGAUUAUCAGGACUAUUUCAUUCUCAUCAAGUCGUC